AUGUCCUCAUUAACGAAUAUCCUUUAUUUCCAAGCUGGACUUGGAAUUCUAGCCAAUACUUUUCUCCUUUGUUUCUAUACUUUCACAAUCCUAUGUCAUAGAUCAAAGCCCAUGGAUCUGACCUCCUGCCAACUGACCCUUGCUCAUAUAUUGUUUUUGCUAGCUGGAGGGGAUAAUUGGCUUGCAGUCAUACUUGAGUCACUGAACAUUGAGAAUGACUUCAAGUGUAAGGCAAUUUUUUAUACAAAUAGGGUCAUGAGAGGGUUCUCUAUUUGCAUCACCUGCCUACUGAGUGUGUUCCAGGCUGUCACAAUCAGUCCCCAUACCUCAUUGUUGGCAAAAUUUAAGCAUAAGCUAAAAACAUACAUCAUCUAUGCUGUUUUCUAUAUUUGGUUUUAUAAUUUCUUGGUCUGUAGUCACCUGUUAGUCUAUGUUGGUGGUUUUAACAAUGUGAGUGAAACCAACCAGAUGAGAGUCACUGAAUCCUGUUCACUAUUUCUCAUGAACUACAUCAUCAGUGGAUUGAUUUUUACAGUGACAACUUUCAGAGAUGUGUUUCUUGUAGGAGUCAUGCUGAUCACAAAUGCAUAUAUAGUGAUUAUCUUGUUCAGACACCAGAGGCACUGCAAGCAUCUUCAUAGCAUCAGGCACCUGAGAGUGUCCCCUGAGAAAAGGGCCACCCAGACCAUCCUACUACUUAUGGUUUUCUUUGUGGUCAUGUAUUGGGUGGAAAUCAUCAUCUCAUCCACCUCACUCUUGUUAUGGAUGUAUGACCCAGGCUUCCUGACUGUUCAGAAGCUCAUAGUGACUGUCUAUCCCACAAUUACUCCUUUGGUACAAAUCAGUUCUGAUAAGAGAGUAAUCAAUGUGUUGAAAAACUUGCAAUCAAAGUGCCAACAGAUUUUCUAA